AUGAGUGCAGAUGGUAUUCUAGCGACUGUGUGUAAUCAUCCUUGGGCGACAUGCGGCAUUGUCUUCGGCCUAUAUCUGUCCGCUCUGGCAAUCUACCGUUUACUUCUGCACCCAUUAUCCAGCUACCCCGGUCCGAGGAUCGCAGCCCUAACAGUAUGGUACGAGUUCUACUACGACUGUAUUCUGCGCGGCAAAUACACCUUUGAGAUCCAGCGUAUGCACGAGAAAUACGGGCCAAUCGUACGAAUUAGUCCACACGAGCUGCACGUCAACGACCCAUCCUUCAUCGAUGAACUGUAUGCAGGCGGGGGCAAGAAACGCGACAAAUACCCCUUUUUCACAGUGCAAACAUGCAUCCCGGAUAGCGUCUUUGGUACACCGGGCCAUGACCUCCAUCGACUGCGACGCGGGGCGAUGAACCGAUUCUUCUCCAAGGCAUCCGUGACAAAGCUAGAGCCGAUGAUACGCAAGGCUGUAGAGAAGUUGUGUGCGCAGUUAGAAGGCCAUGCCGGGUCGGGAAACCCGAUCAAGAUGAACGAUGCUUUUAGCUGUAUGACUACGGACGUGGUGACGGAGUAUGCGUUCGCGAAAAGCUACAAUUUUCUGGACUCGCCUACGUUCCAGCCGAACUUCCACCGCGCCAUCAUUGCGGGCAGCGACAUGGGGCCGUGGAUUAAACAAUUCCCGGUAUUAAUGCCCCUGAUGAACAUACUACCCAACUGGCUAGUCAUGAAAGUCAACCCCGAGGCGGCGAUCUUUUUGCAGUUCCAGGAAGAUAUCCGCCGACAGAUCCGCGAGGUGCAAGUCAACAUUGCAGAAGGAAAGACGCAGAGCGCGUCCACCAAGACGAUAUUUCACGAACUUCUCACGGGAGACCUUCCGACGCAGGAGAAACGGAUCGAGCGAUUGGGGCAAGAGGGCCAGAUUGUGGUUGGUGCUGGCACGGAAACCACCGCGUGGACGCUGUCCGCCAUCGCCUUCUAUCUACUCGAUAACCCGACCGUCAUGGCCCGACUGCAGGUGGAACUGAAGCAUGCUAUUCCGGACAAGGAUAACGCUUCCGACCAAAUCACCUGGAACCAACUGGAGCAGCUACCGUACCUGAGCGCCGUGAUCACUGAGGGACUCCGACUGUCCUACGGGGUGAGUACACGACUACAACGCAUCAAUCCGCUGGGACCAUUACACUUCAGGGCUCGCAGUGGUAAGGAUGAUGCGACGGGUAAAGAGCGCUGGGUGGAGUAUGCGAUACCGCAGGGAACGCCGGUUGGCAUGACAGCGACGCUCAUUCACACGAAUCCCGAGCUGUUUCCGGAUCCGUACGUCUUCAGGCCCGAGCGAUGGUUGGACGAGCAGGGGAAACGCCAUCAUGAUCUGGAUGGGUAUAUAUUGUCUUUUUCUCGUGGAAGUCGACAGUGCAUCGGGAUCAAUCUCGCGUAUGCAGAACUAUACAUGUGCAUCGGGUUAUUGGUACGACGGCUCGGAUCUCGCAUGGAACUGUUCGAAACCACCUUGGAAGAUGUCGAGAUCCACUUUGACAGAUUUGUUCCGACGCCGAAGGACGGGACACAGGGAAUACGGGUGUUGGUUCGUGCCGAAGAAUAG